CGGAAUGCUCGGUUCGCAUCACGCCACUAGUACACUCGCCAAAAAAUGUUAAAUUCUUAUUCAUUUUCUGCUUUUUCUUUUGUUUAUUUUUUUGGAUCCAAUCAAAUUAUUUUUCAAGAUUCCUCGAGUUAAUGAGCGCGAGUCUACUAGUGGCGCAUUAACUCAAGUUCCCUGUCAAUACAUCUUCACGGAUUAGGGAUUUGAUCUCUCUCUCCUCUCUCAUCAUACUAACCGAUAUUAGCAGCAGCGGCCAUGUCCGGCGAAUCAGCCUCUGCUAUCCCAAAAGGCCAAGUUGAUUUGCAGGAGUUCGUGGAUUGGUCUGGUGUGGAAUGCUUGAAUCAAAGCGGCAGCCACUCUCUUCCAAAUGCUCUCAAGCAGGGUUACAGAGAAGAUGAUGGUUUGCAUUUGGAAAGCGAUGCUGAUGAACAACUGUUGAUUUAUAUUCCUUUUACUCAAGUUAUUAAACUCCAUUCCUUUGUAAUAAGAGGACCAGAGGAAGAAGGCCCAAGAACUGUGAAGCUUUUUGCUAACAGGGAGCACAUGGGGUUCAGUAAUGUCAAUGAUUUCCCUCCGAGUGAUACAGCUGUUUUAUCUGAGGACAACUAUAAGGGAAAACCUGUGAUAGUCAAGUAUGUCAAGUUUCAAAAUGUCCGCAGCCUCACAAUUUUCAUUGAGGACAAUCAAUCAGGUUCUGAAAUUACUAAAGUUCAAAAGAUUGUUCUCCAUGGAACUACGGUGGAAACGACAGAUAUGAAAGGUCUAAAGAAGAUUGAGGACCACUAGUUUGAAACGAGCAAAGCGGAUUCUAAAUUUGUUGUAUUUUGGAACUUUGUUUUGUUUUUUAGCCAGGAGAAUUUGAGGAACCAAAAUAUUUUCAGUGAUUAUUUUAAAUCUUUUUAGUUUAUAAAUUUUUAGUUUUUUCUAUCUUUUGAACUCUUGGCAGAUUCCAAGCCUAGAUGUGAGGUUUGGUAGUGGAGUUUCGAAGAUAUGUUGAUUUAAAGUAUAAAAUGUUCUGACAAACAUUACAAAAUCAGUAAGUUAUUUGAGACCCCUACCUUAUGGAAAAGUGGAACCUCUAUAAAGUCUUAAAUAAAAUCUUUAACUUCUAAA